AUGCAUACUGCUGAUUUCCUUGACGUUCAAGAUACUGCAAUUUCUUCCAUUUUAGCCGGUGGUUACAACCAUCCCCUAUUGAGAGAAUGGCAAGCUGAGAGACAAUUGGCCAAGAAUAUGUUUGUGUUCCCAUUGUUCAUCUCCGACAAUGACGACGAAGAAGUUCCUAUCGAGUCCCUACCAAACAUCAAACGAUUUGGUGUCAACAAGUUGGUUGCAUACUUGAAACCUUUAGUCGCCAAGGGGUUAAGAUCUGUCAUUUUGUUCGGUGUUCCAUUAGACCCAAAGGCUAAGGAUCCCGUUGGUACUUCUGCCGACGAUCCAAAUGGACCUGUCAUCAAGGGGAUCAAGACCCUGAGAGCAGCAUUCCCUGACCUAUAUAUCAUGUGUGACGUCUGUCUAUGUGAAUAUACAUCCCAUGGUCAUUGUGGUGUUUUGUAUGAUGACGGUUCAAUCAAUAGAGAACGUAGUGUCUCUAGAAUUGCUGCUGUUGCUGUCAAUUAUGCUAAAGCAGGCGCUAACUGUGUGGCUCCAAGUGAUAUGAUUGAUGGUCGUAUUAGAGACAUCAAGCAUGGUCUAAUCCAAGCCGGAUUGGCUCACAAAGUAUUUGUCAUGUCUUAUUCUGCUAAAUUCAGUGGUAACCUAUAUGGACCAUUCCGUGAUGCAGCACAUUCAUCUCCAUCUCAAGGUGACAGAAAGAACUAUCAAUUGCCUCCAGCAGGUAGAGGGUUAGCAAGAAGAGCUCUGGUGAGAGAUAUGCAAGAAGGUGCCGAUGGGGUCAUGGUGAAACCAUCGACUUUCUAUCUAGAUAUAAUGCGUGACGCUAGUGAACUUUGUGAGAACUUACCUUUAUGUGCAUACCAUGUCUCUGGUGAGUAUGCGAUGUUACAUGCAGCUGCUGAAAAGGGUAUCGUUGAUUUAAAAACCAUUGCAUUUGAAUCCCACCAAGGUUUCUUAAGAGCAGGUGCACGUAUCAUCAUCUCGUACUUUACUCCAGAGUUCCUAGAAUGGUUAUCCCAAUAG